AUGCGACAUAUUGGCAAUGAACUGAUGAAUUCCGGACGCAUUGAUCCGUCGAUCCUUGGUGGAGAUACCCCUGGCUCUGCUUUUGGUCCCACGCCGGCGAGAACGAGUGGCGCGUUGUCCCGGCGACUGCGAGCUUCGCGUGCUUGCGACCACUGCAAGAAGAGGAAGAUCCGAUGUACUGGCACCAAACCAUGCCCGCACUGCAUUCGAGACCACACGAGCUGCAUCUUUGCUGCUCCGCACAAACGGGGACGGAAACCCCGGGCGGAGAUAGCGACGACUCCCAUCUCCUUGAGCAAUGACCAGCAUACAGUCGAUGAAACGGUCGAGACCCACCCCUGUUCGGAAGUCAGGGAUCCCCAAACUGACCUACCCUCGUCGCCGGGACCCUUCGACCUGGCCGGGGCGAACGCUCGGGCAAGCGCAGCGAGGGAGCCCGCCUCUCGCGCAUCGCUGGAAGCUAUCAAUGAUCUCGAGGGUCACUAUGUUGGUCCGGCCUCGGGGGUCUCCUUCCUGGCCUGUGUGCGGAAGCGCCUCCGGUCCAGCGAGGGCUCGCAAUCCGCCUUCACCUUUGGCGAUGCACCGCUGCCGGAGUACGACAACCCCACCCCCUCUGUCAUGCUCUCGGUCGAGGAGAGCACCAUCCUGUUCCGGCGGUUCUUCGACUUCACCGUGCCGAUCGAUCGGAUAGUCCACCAACCGAUGGUCGAGGAGUGGCUCCGCGAGUUCCACGAGACAAUGGGCUCCAUGCGACAGGCCGUGGAUGCCCCCGCCCGGCGCGCCGUCCUCUGGAUGAUCUUUGCGAUGGCGCAGGAGCAUCUUAACCAAGAUCCACUUCCGAACGGUGAAGACAGAAGUAUUCGGUACUUCCUCGCCGCCGACUAUCAGCUCGCCAGGGAACGGGCGACCGUCUGCCUGGCCAGCGUGCAGGCGCGUCUCUACCAAUGCUUCUGGCUGCUGGCCCGGUCCCGAGUCAAUCACUGCUGGAGUCUAUUCGGCACGACUGCCCGCCUGGCGCUGGCGUUAGGGCUGCAUCGGAAGCGCAUCAUCAACCCCCCCGCGGAUAGUUCGGCGAGUCGCAUCAGUCUCGACUGCCGUCGUCGCACCUUCUGGACUGCCUACUGCCUGGACAUCCACCUCUGCCUGACGCUGGGCCGACCGCGCAUCUUCCACGACGAAGACAUCGACCAGGAGCUGCCCGCGGACCACAAUCUCGUCGAUGAGCCCGUCGACCUCCAAGUCACGGUGCCCAAGGGUUACUCGGUGAUGGUUGCGCCGGUCCUAUACUACAGACUUCACCGGGUCCUCGGACUAAUCCUGCGCCACCUCUAUGCAAUCCGCCCCAUCUCCUUGGCCGACCAAUGCCGCCUGGCCAGAGAGUUUUCGGAUAGGCUGUCGCAGUGGCGCCACGACUUGCCGGGAUUUCUGCAGUUGCAGAGCGGGAGCGCGGCGCCGCAGCUGCCCAUCCUGCAACGACAGCGAGACGUCCUGAACCUGACCUACUGGCACGCCGUCAUCCUCACCAACCGACCGCUGCUGCUGACGAACUUCGUGACCGGGCGGGACGGCGACGGCGGUGGCGGUGGCGUGGUGGUGAACGAUGGGAUCAGCAAGUGUUUGCAGGCGGCGCUGUGCAUCGCUGACCGUAUCUAUCACAUGUUUCAGACCAGCUCAAUGUAUCGAUCGUUCUGGGCAACCUGCUACUAUGCCUUCACGGCCGCCACGGUGCUGUUCGUCCACACGAUCCAGCAGGCGGCUGCUCCGGUCGAGGUCUAUUACCAGCACCUCAAUGCGGCGACGCGAUGCUGCGAACAGCUGACGCGGUUCGUGAAUGACAGCCCCUUGGUGGCCCAGUACGUGGCGGUGCUGGAGGAGCUCCGUCAGGAAGGGUUGCGCCUGAUCGAGCGGUACGCCAACAAUAACGCCCAGCAGAGGGUUCCCGUUGCGCCCGACCCGGUCGACAUGACCAUCGCCGACUACGCCAUGCUACUGGGGAUCUCAGUUCCGUGUCUCGAGGUCUUUGACACUGGAGAGCUCAGCAGCGGUGCUGCCGCCGAGUCGGCAAGCUGGAUAGAGUUCGAUACCCUGGUGAGCCCCCCGCUUCCGUUUCGUGCACCCGCCAUUCGCAACCCUAACAGCUGGAAACUUAAGUAUUUCCCGGGCGUCAUGCACACCAAUUCGUUCCGAGGGCCGAUGUAG